GGACAGUGUAACUUGUCCUCAUCCUCCACAGCGUCUUCAACAACGUACUGCACGCUCCAAAGUCAUGAGCUUUGAUCUCUCCAAAUUUCAGCUCGAACGGGUUCUCAAUGAAGAUCCUAUCUCUCGUAGCGUCACUCUCUUAGGAAAAUAUCCAGAGUCUCUCACCUCGUCAUCGACGACACUCGCCAUCGUCCGGAUAGAGAAGACCGCAUUACCGUCUUUCUCUGAUGACUUGGUCGAGAAGGUCAAGCAAAUCGAGACAAACGAUAUCUAUACGUGGCUCUUCGGAUGGCUAGCAUCGUCGGAAGAAAGACCUGAUGUGAAAAUCAAUGUAAUCUGUCCAGCAACAGAGAUACACAUAAAGAAGUACUCCACGCAGAAAGUAUACCUUGUACACGAGACGCCAACCCUCUACGAGCAAAUCGUCAAGCCCUAUAUCGAUGGCUUUCCCACUUCUCGUACUAAGUGGUGCGUUAUCUCCUUUCACACACUUGGCCGCAUCUAGUUGAAGAAAAAAUGUUUUGGUUUUUCUAGGGUCACAGACAUUCUCUCCGGCUACUCUGAAGCCGACAAAGUCCUCUACCGCUCCUCCGCCACUACAGACCCAGACGAAGGUUUCCUCAUCCUCCCCGACAUGAAAUGGGACUUAAAGACCGUCUCCUCCCUUUACCUAGUCGCCAUAUCUCUCUCUCCCAACAUCCGCAGCCUAAGAGAUCUCGAGCGCAAACAUCUAGGGAUGCUAAAGAAGAUAAGGAAGGAGGCGAAGAGGGCCGUCAAAGAAGGAUGGGGCCUCGAGGAGAGUGAGGUGAAGUGUUACGUGCAUUAUCAGCCUAGCUAUUAUCACUUCCAUGUGCAUAUCGUUAAUGCAAACUAUAAUGGACUAGCGGGCAUGGCCGUUGCCCAGGCUCAUCUCUUGGACGAUAUCAUCUCUCUACUUGAGCUCGAGGCCGAUAAUUCAACUGCGCCCUCGGCAUUGCAGCGAAUGACGCUCACAUAUGGACUUGGGGACCAACAUGGAUUGUUCGAGCCUAUGAGAGCUGCUCAAGCCGAAUUUGCGGAUGAUGAUUGACAUUUAAACGUGUGACCAUUGUUCAUUGAUCCGCGCACAGGUUUUACCGUGCAGAAGCGAAGAUUCUCAUGCACAUCGGGUUGUCGCAAUGCCGUUAUUGUAUGGCUAAUCCAUCGAGGCUCUGAACUUGUUGCCAUCGAUGAACAGUUCAAUGUUUCGGUUGCACCUCCCUGCGAUCUCGCCAUCCCAUGAACUUCAGUUUCUCCUCCGCCUUUUAUGUUCUCAAAGCCCAACUGACAGCGGUCUUCAGUAGAUGACAAUCCAGGAGUCUGGCCAAGCAAAUAAUACAUGCCGACGACUCCGCUUCCAACACAUGUGACCAUAUCCGUGCAAAGGAGCCUAAUCCUGCCUUCUGUCGACUAAGUCAUCGCAUAUCGCCAACUGCCUCGGACAUUCGACCGAGCCUGCUCUUUCUUGCCCCUCUCUUACGGUAUGAUCUAGGUCUGAUCUUGCAACAUGUAUCAAAGCGAGGCGCCUCUGUGCUAGGGUCUCAAACUCUCGUCACUGCAAUGAGGCAUCUCCUGCUAAAUCGACGCCUACUCUCAUCCACAAUCUCUCUAUGAAACUUAUAGUCUUGUUCCGUCAUACUCCACUCGGGAUUCAGACCGUAGUUUGUUGUCAAGACCGCACCACUGGGGCAGUUCUGGACAGCCGAAAUGAAGACAUGUUUUCGCUUGAAUGUCAUAUGUAUGAGACAGGAUGCACGGCGAAACCUAGUGGGCGUCCUGUAUAUAUACCAGUCUGGUUCUGCGAAGGUGUCUUCUCUUCACCAGGUCCACAUCGGUCUCCGCCCUACCUCUGUGCUCGUGCUCUAUCCACAUAAUGUUCUGCAACGCUCCUGAGUACGAAGCUCGUGCAUCGAAACCCUUCUCCCCUCCCACAUUCACGCUCAAACAAAUCCAUGACGUCGUCCCCAAGCAACUCCUUCAACGAUCCUCCUUCCGUGCAUCACUCUAUGUCCUCCGCGACAUUCUUCUCGCCUGCGUGUUCCUCCUCCUCGCCACUCGGAUUGACUGGCUAGCCAAUGUCAUUGAUCCGACGCGAGGCUGGUUGAGCUGCCUCGUAAAGGCGGCAGCAUGGGGAACGUACUGGUGGUUCCAGGGCCUAGUAGGCGCAGGGAUGUUCUGUCUCGGACAUGAGGCUGGGCACGCAACACUAUUUGACUCGUCAAUGGCAAAUCAUAUCGUUGGAUUCACACUUCAUUCUUUUUUGUUGGCCCCAUACUAUGCGUGGCGUGCCACUCACCAUGCUCAUCAUAAAGCGACAGCCUCUAUCGAACGUGACGAGAACUAUAUUCCUCACCAGCGAGAGCACUAUGGCUUGCCUUCUCAGAAGGAAGCUAAGAAAGCGGACUAUGCCGAGGUCUUUGAAGAGACGCCGUUGUGGACCUUAAGUAGAGUGUUGAUUAUGCAGGGACUGGGCUGGUGGCUCUACCUUUCACGAAAUGUACUCGGGUCUAAGAUGUAUCCACCGGGGACUAACCACUUCAACCCAUACUCUCCCCUAUUCAAGGAUCAUCAGCGCAACUCUAUUAUUCUAUCGGAUAUCGGAAUCACGGCCAUGGCAGGCUUGUUAAUUUACAUCGCGCGUUACGUCGGAUGGGGUGCUGUCGGCAUGUAUUACUUUGUUCCGUACUUGUUCACAAAUCACUGCACAGUGAUGUUCACCUUCCUCCACCAUUCCGAUCCCACGAUCCCACAUUACUACGGAUCCGAGUGGACAUUUUUGCGGGGAGCGGCUGCCACCGUCGACCGACCGCUUUUGGGAUGGAUGGGAAGGUUCUUCCUGCAUAACAUCUCUCAUGAUCACGUCGCGCACCAUUUCUUCGCGAGCGCACCAUUUUAUAACGCGCCAGAAAUCACAAAAUGUAUUCGUACGGUCCUAAAGGACGAUUACAAUUACGACUCUACCAACUCCUUCUGCGCUCUUUGGCGCUCCUUCACUCAAUGCAUGUUCAUCGAAGAAGGCGGUGGGAUUGUCUUCUACAAGAACAAAUCCGGCGAUGCUGUUCGAGAGCUCGCACCUGGCGCAUUAGGCCAAUUACAGCCGAUGACUGUCAUGCAGACGACCUCCACGGAUGGCAAGGGCGCUAUAAGCGAGGGUCCGGGUAAAGCCAGCAGAGCCCACGGAGACGUGAUAAUGGUCGAGAACUAAAUUGAAGAGUGAGGACAUCCUAGGGUGUUCAACAAGCGUGUUUGGAGCUGUGUUUUGUUCUGUUUCUUCUAUGAUUCUAAAGAGAUGUUGUUUUACUAUAAUUUUGAGUGCGUUGAUCGCUGCUGUAUAAUCAGUCGCCGCGACUCACUAACCCUACUUUAUACCGCUGACGGGGAUGAUUCAGUGUGCCACUUGGAGGAUUGUAACAUCACUAGCCUUGAUUUUGUCCGUUGUUUUCAUCACGAUGCUUUGCUUUUUCAAUUCAUGUGUUUU